GCACACGGAGAGAAAAGCAACGCCAGUGGAGCUGCAGAACGCAGACUACGACUCUCACUCACUCCAGCGUCAUCCGCUUAUAAACCCUCGAACAUGGCUGAUCAGCUAACAGAGGAGCAGAUUGCCGAGUUCAAGGAGGCUUUCUCCUUAUUCGACAAGGAUGGAGAUGGCACCAUCACCACCAAAGAGCUGGGCACAGUGAUGCGGUCGCUGGGGCAGAACCCCACGGAGGCGGAGCUCCAGGAUAUGAUAAACGAAGUGGAUGCUGAUGGCAAUGGAACCAUAGACUUCCCAGAGUUCCUGACCAUGAUGGCCAGAAAGAUGAAGGACACGGACAGUGAGGAGGAGAUCCGUGAGGCCUUCCGGGUAUUCGACAAGGAUGGAAAUGGCUAUAUCAGCGCUGCAGAGUUGCGCCACGUUAUGACGAACCUCGGGGAGAAGCUCACAGAUGAGGAAGUGGACGAGAUGAUUAGAGAAGCGGACAUCGAUGGGGACGGUCAGGUGAACUACGAAGAAUUUGUACAGAUGAUGACCGCAAAGUGAAGCUUCCUGUCCUCUCCUGCCCCCUUAGAAGAAAACAAAAAAAUCAAAUGUUUUAUUUACCUCUUGGG